UCCAUCUCUCUCUCUCUCUCUCUCCGCGCUCAUCAUUAGGGUUUAUUUAUAUAAUAAGAUAUAUUUCGCUCCCCUGCAUUCAACUAACGACGACAGGUAUUUCAAUAAUAAUAAUAAUAAUAGUAAUAAAUGGUGGAGAGUGGCAAACGAUCGCGUCCCCAAAGAGAUUAUGAUGGGGAUACCAAUAAUCAGAAGAGGCACAAAGAUAAUAAAGGUACUAAUAAUGAUGAACUGGUUGUGUAUAGAAUACUAUGCCCUGAUGAGGUUAUUGGAAGUGUCAUUGGUAAAAGUGGAAAAGUCAUCAAUUCCAUAAGGAAUGAGUCGAGGGCGAGAGUUAAGGUGGUGGACCCGUUUCCAGGUGCCAUGUAUAGGGUUAUAACAAUUUAUUGCAAUGUCAAGGAGAAGGGAGAUGCUGAUGUUGACGAUGAUUUCCAUCAGGCUGACCCUUUGUGUCCUGCACAAGAUGCUCUUCUUAAAGUUCAUGCUGCAAUUUCAAAUGCUGUUGCAGCUCUUGGGGACUCUGACAAGAGAUGCGGAGAUAAGAAGGAAUGCCAAAUUCUUGUCCCAACUAGCCAGUCUGCAAAUAUUAUUGGUAAGGCUGGGGCAACUAUAAAGAAAUUAAGAAGCAAGACCAGAGCCAACAUUAAAAUCACUGCCAAAGAUGCCUCUGAUCCAACUCACUCAUGUGCUAUGGACUUUGACAACUUUCUUCUGAUAACUGGUGAAUCAGAAGCAGUGAAGAAAGCAUUGUUUGCAGUUUCUGCAAUCAUGUAUAAGUUCAGUCCAAAAGAAGAAAUUCCCCUUGAGACAACUGUACCAGAAGCUCCUCCAAGCAUCAUUAUAUCAUCAGAUGUCCCUAUUUAUCAACCAGGUGGAUUCUAUCCAAAUGCAGAUCCAAUUGUUUCUUCUAGAUCUGUUCCACCAAUCUUAGGUGCUACACAUAUACCAGAGUUUCAAGGUUAUGGGGAUAUGAGGAGUUCUUGGCCCAUUUAUUCAUCCACAGUCCCUGUAGUUCCCAGUUUUGGCAACACCUCUAGAUCUGAGUUAAUUAUACGACUAUUAUGCCCAUUUGACAAGAUUGGGCGUGUCAUUGGCAAGGGAGGGAGCACCAUUAAAAGCAUAAGGCAGGUUAGUGGUGCCCGUAUUGAGGUUGAUGACACUAAAGCUGAUCGAGAUGAGUGUAUUAUUACAGUCAUUGCAACUGAGUCUCCCGAUGAUUUGAAAUCCAUGGCAGUUGAAGCUAUUUUAUUGCUUCAAGGAAAGAUUAAUGAUGAAGACAAUGACAUUGUUGGCAUUCGACUCCUUGUUCCAUCUAAAGUUAUUGGGUGUAUCAUAGGAAAAAGCGGUGCAAUUGUAAAUGAAAUUCGAAAGAGAACUAAUGCUGAUGUCUGCAUCUCAAAAGCGGACAAACUUAAGUGUGCUGACAGUAAUGUUGAACUCGUUGAGGUGGCUGGAGAAGUUGGUAGUGUGAGAGAUGCACUUGUCCAGAUUGUUCUAAGGCUCAGAGAUGAUGUAUUGAAAGAAAAGGAUGGUGGUUUGAAUUCUUCUGUUGGUACUGAUUCUGUCUACCCUGUUCGUGCUGGUAUUUCUAUACCAUCUAUCCUGCCUUCUGUUCCUCCAGUUGCUCCAAUGGGUUAUGAUCAGAGGGCUGAAAGUGGCAGUGGUUUGGGCCUGCUUUCAUCAAGCAGCCUUUAUGGAUAUGGAUCCUUACCGAUGGGAGAAAAUAGCUAUGGUUCUCUGGCCUCGUAUUCUUUGUCUAAGCUGUAUGAAGGAUUGCCUCCACCCUCAACUCUUGAAAUGUUGGUGCCUGCUAAUGCAGUUGGUAAAGUGAUUGGUAAAGGAGGAGCAAAUAUAGCCAACAUCCGAAAGAUAUCAGGAGCAAUGAUAGAAAUCUCUGAUGCCAAGUCAGCAAGGGGUGAUCGUAUUGCUUAUAUAUCUGGCAAACCAGAGCAAAAACAGGCUGCUGAAAACUUGAUCCAGGCAUUUAUUAUGGCCACUUAAGCCUCGAUAAUAUUUCCAGAUAUUUGAAGGUGAAAAGUAAAAAUCUUGGAAUUCUCUUCCCAUCUUCCUCAAAUGUUUCCUUAGCCUCAUCAGGUUUCAUCUUUAGUUGACUUCGUUUUCUAGGCUUCAAUAGCUGGGAUCUUCCUGUUUCUUAUAAACAUGCCUAUGAAGAUCAAACAGGAAGAUAUGCAAGUGGCUUAAUAUCCCUGUUGAUAGGUUCCUGUCUAUGUUUGCAUGAUUGAUUCUUCCAUCUGCAGAUCUUAGAACAUUGUAGGUUCUUUCCUUUCGUUUUGUUUUACCAGGUCCUAUCAUUAAGCUGUGGGAAGUCCAUCUUAUUUCCAGCAGUUUUUAUACUCUGAUUUCCUGAUCACCCCAGGAAUUACUUUCAGUAAACCAUAUUGCCAAACUCAUAAUGUAUGUGUGUUGUUUUCUGGCCGUGCUAUCUCAUUCUCUACUUCUUUUAGGAGGGAUCUUUUCUACUGAUGAUGCAAGUUGUUGCAUUUGUGAUGACUCUCUACUCGAUUUCCUCUGUUUUGAAUUGAUAGUAUGGUAUCAUAAUAGGCAUUCACUCUUGCUUAUGGAGCCCAGUCUUUCUUCAUCCUCUUUCCUUCAUUUUGGAAUCUCAUGUCCUCUUUCUGUCUAUGAAGAGCUCAUUGUAGAGAUUAAAUUGUCAAUUUGCUGCAUACCGUUUAGUUUCUGGGCUUUAUUCCCGUUUUAACUUGUAUUUCUAGCAAUUUAAUAUAUCAAAAUCUUUCAGGGUUCGUUUUUAAAAAUGCCCGUAAAAUUUACUCCAAAUAUCAUUUUUCCAGCUUUCAGGUUUCCUUGGGUACAAAUCACAUGAAUGUACUUUCUUAAUUGAUGUGUUUGAACAGUGAGGGUCCAUAUUCACCAAUCAGCUAUUUAUUCUAGAACAACUUGGUUUGUGCUUUCUUCAGCAGCAAACGUCUCUGUAUCUUGUAUUGAGAUAGUUUCAUGGGUUAUAGGCAGUCACUGGUUUCUUUUUAUGGUGAUUCUUCUGACUGGGGAUGUGGGUCGGUCCAUUAUUUUUCUUGUGUAUGACACAAUAUGCAAGCUUCACCAAGAUGGUUAUGUUUGUUUUGCCAAUAGAAAUAGCUCUCAUGUCCUAAAACAUCUUCUAGUCGCUAUACCAACUCUACUAAGAUUGUGGGAACUUGGAAGUAGUGUGCUGCUACUUGUGUCCGCAGAUUUCCACUGCAAACAUGAGCCAUAUUUAUUGCAACUGUUUGCGCAAUCUUAAAAUAUAAAAAUGCUCUGGGUUUAAUCUGACCAAUCCAACCUUCUCCUUUUCCUUUUUUUCUGUAUAUUUUCAGUUAUGUCAGAAAGUUCACAAUCAGCUGCUCUUAUUCAAGUUCUUUGAAUUGAAAAUAUCCUAGGAUGGGCUCAAUUGUCAGAGUGGUAGACUUUUCCAUCUUGGGUUUGAUACAUCAUUUUUUUUUUUUAAAGAAUGAGGGGUCUUGAACCUGGGCACUCUAAUUGCAGGCUUCAGGCUUGAGUUCUUCAUCACUUGACUUCAUAAAGCAGCGCUUCCCCCUUUGUAGUGUAAUCCAAAAUCAUGGUUUCUCUAACGCGUUGUUAUAAAUAUAAACAUGCUAUCCUCUUUAAUCUGAAUAAUCCACCCUUUGUCUGCUCCUUUUUCUUCCCAUAUAAGUGGCCGGCUGUUGCCGUGGAUUCCUGAUGAUCAAGUGAUCUCACUCUAGUUCUUUUACAUUGAAAAUCUCUAGGGGGAGUACAAUUUUCCAUGUCUAUAUUGCCCUUCUAGGUUUUUGUACUUGUUGAAGUUGAACGUAUAAUUCAAAAGCACUGUUUCUUUUUUACUUGACAGUGUUUUUAUGGUUGAUAGUGGUGGCCUUCUCUCUCUUCAAAGUCCUUGUCGAUAGUCAUUUUCAAAUUUCUUUGGCUUGCCCUGUUCUGUUUUUCAUGCUUUGAAAUUGAUAACCUUAAAGAUGGUAUCUGGUGAGUAUGUGGUAGAUACCACUAUUAUGGAUAUGCAUAUGUGGUAGCAGAGUAAGGCAAUUUGGAUAUGGUAAUAGUUUGUACAUUCAUAUAGUUGUCCUGAAGACAAACAUUUAGACAAUUUUGUAUGUAUUUUAGUGGACAGAUAAUUUGUUGCACACUAUUGUAUGAAAACUAUGGUAGCAGUUGCUAUCUUAAAGAACCAGUCUCGUCUGUGUUUGUAAGACAGGAGGAAGUAUCUUAUAUAGUAUAGUGGAAUUUAUCAUGGUA